AUGGAAGGGGAAGGGAUCACUCAAUUAAAAAGAGGGAUUUCAUACAUUGGUAUCGUUGUUCCAAAAAUCACUCUAGACUUGUAUGAAGGUAAUGAGCGUGGGGAUCAACCGACAUUGAAUAUUCAAGGGUAUAUUCUUAUCAGUCCUCUUACUGAUAAGUUCAUGGAUUUCAAUUCAAGACUUGAAUAUGCUCAUCGUAUGGCACUUAUAUCAGAUGAUAUUUAUAAGUCUGCAGUAAAAAAUUGUUAUGGUAACUAUUUGGACAUUGAUACAGCUAACUCAUUAUGUGUAAAUAGUCUCCAUCAAUAUGAGCAAUGCACAUGCCGUAUCAAUUUGGAUAAUAUUUUGGAACCAUUUUGUGACGAAAAUGAUCCAAUGCCAGAUUGUCAAGAAGCUUUUGAAAAGGUUGUAACCGUUUGGGCAAACAAUGAAGUUGUACAACAAUCUCUCAAUAUCCGUCAAGGAAAAACGGGAAGAUUCGAGGAACUCAACAAUACCAUGCAUUACCAACAAGGAAAGAAUGACACAUUUUGUUAUUCUUAUGAUAUUUUUAGCAGUUUUCCCUAUCAUAAGAAACUUUCUACUAAAAAUUGUAAAUCUUUAAUCAUGAGUGGUGACCAUGACAUGACAUUUCCGUAUGUUGGCGUAGAGCAAUGGAUUGCUUCUCUCAACCUAAGUGUUGAAAUCCCAUGGAACCCUUUCUAUGUUGAUGAUCAAGUUGGGGGAUAUGCAACGAAAUAUGUACAGAACAACUACUCACUGACAUAUGCUACGGUUAAAGGUGCAGGACAUUUGGUGCCACAUUACAAGCCUAGAGAAACUAUUGUAUUAGUAGAAAGAUGGUUUUCGUCACAAACUUAUUCAAGCGAUUCUUAAGUGAGAGAUCAGGGUGGACAUUAUAUGAUGUGACAUGAAGCAUUUCAUUCAAGAAAAAAUAAAAUGAAACAACUUCUCAAUAUUAUUUCCAAUAAAUAUUAAAUCCAAACA